AUGGAUGCAAUUCCAUUAACAAAAGUCGACGCGAAGAUUUUCGAAAAAAUAAUCGAAUACUGUGAGCACCAAGGUACCCCAAGACCCCUACUCAAUGGAGAGAUUGGUGAAUGGGAUUCCGAGUUUCUUAAACUUGACCAGAAUACAUUAUUCGAUUUGGUGUUGGCUGCAAAUUAUUUGAAUAUCGAAAAUCUUUUUGAUGUCACAACACAAUUUAUUGCUAAUAUGAUGAAGAAUAAUACUCCAAGUCAAAUUCGUGCUAGGUUUGGCGUUUCAAACAAACAUUCGAGUGCAGAAGAUCGAUCAGAUAAUUGGUCAUGA